GUGGUGGUCGUGGUGGCGUUGGUAUUUCUGCCGGCGUUCGUGCUGGCAGUGAGCCAGGCAAGCUCGGCGCUCGUGGCGUACGCGGGGCUCAACGCGACGCUGAACGAGCUCUUCACGCAGGCGCUGUUCGUCACGGCGCAGGGGUUCCUGCCGCUGAUCGCGAACGGCAGCAUCGCCUCGGCUGAGCUGUACAUCCACACGGCCACGGAGGACUUUGAGCUGUUUCAAGACGACUCGCUGUAUCGGCGCACGACGGGAUUCCACGGACCGCUAGCGUUUGACGUCAAGGUGGAGAACGAGGACCCGCCCAAUGUGCUGCUGGUCGUGGUGGAGUCGUUCCGGUUCCACGACUCGCGCUACCUCGUGGGGGAAGAAGACCCGUCCAACCUGUUCCGAGGCAGCAACAUCACGGUCACGCCCAACUUUGACAAGUGGGCCAAGCGCGGCGUGGCGCUCACCAACAUGUGGUCGAGCUGGCGGACGAGUCGCUCCGUGGAGAGUUUGCUGUUCGCGCAGGUCCCGUACGACAGCGUGGCGGACUCGGGCAUGACUGGAGGCAAGAAGAACUACCAGCUGGACGGCCUGCCGCAGUUCUUCAAGGCUAAGGGCUACGAGCCGUUCUUCACGACGGGCUGCAAGACCGACUACGACGACUGGGACACGUUCCUCCCCUCGCACGGCUUCGACACUGUGUGGGGUCGGGACGAGAUGAUCAAGUUGGCAGAGAGCGACCUGGGCAUCACGCACGACCAGUGGUUUGGCAAGGAGCACCGCGAGCUGUACUGGGGCGUGCACGACGACAUCAGCUUCCAGCUCUUGGGCGAUCUGAUGGUGAACAAGACCAAGGAGCAGGCGGAGCGCGUGGCUCGUGGUGAGCCCAAGAAGCCGCUGUUCUUGAACCACUACACGAUUUCGAGUCACGUGUCGUACGAAGAACGCCCGACGUGGUACGCGGAGUCCAAGAAACCGGACUUUUCAGCGCUGUAUGAUGGCCUGGAGAACGCGGACAGCAUUAAGAACUACGUGGAGAUGCGCUACUUCUCGGACAUGGAGUUCGGCAAGUUCAUGGACCGCAUGUCGGCUGCUGGAAUUCUGAACGACACCAUCGUCGUUGUGGUGGGUGACCACGGCCAAGCUCCCGAAGCCGGUAACUACAUUCCCGAGGCGCGCGACGUGUCCGUCCAUCAUGUUGCGGGCGCGCUCGUUGCUGAGGGCCGACUGGGUGACGCUGUGGGGAUGAAGAUCGAGGAUGCGACCGAGCAGUACGAUAUCCUCAACACGCUGGCCGAUAUCGUCGGCGUGCCGGAGGAAGGGUUCCUGCAGGACGGAGUGGGCCGGUCACUGAAGCGCCAAGCCAAGUUCGGCGAGCGCGUGGUGUACAGCAACAACCCGAGCCGAAAGAUGUCGGUCGUGCGUGGAACCGAAAGGCUACGCUACGACCGCGCUGCAAGGUCUGUGCUCCUUCACGACGCCAAAGCCGACCAUGACAUGCACAUAGAUCUGUUCCCGGACCUGACACCGGAAGCGCAGGCUGAGUGGCUCAAGUGGCGAGACAACGGCCGCCAACUCACCGAGUAUUACACCAAGCGGUGGGACAAGAGAUGCCUGUUCGCGGGGCACUGCUGA